AACUAAACUUAAAAGGGGUUAUGCAUUUAAAAAGUAAAAAAAUGAAAUAUAGAUGAGUUUGUUGAAGACUAACAUCACAUUAUUCACAACCGUACAAAGAGUUCUUCUCACCAAAUCUUUUGACUCUUGUGAAAUCUACAUUCUUAGAGCUCACAAAACUCAGUAUUAUUUAAGAACCCAUUCCUGUACACAAUACCAAAACAUAAUCUCUUCAAGAAAGAAAAACAUAUCACAACAAAAGAUGAUUAGCCUUCGCCAUCACAUUGUCCUAUCUUCCAUCUUUUUCCUUGUCUUUGUCUCGUCGUUCUCUUUGUUUGCUACGCAUAGUUUUGCUACUAGAGUAGGUCACUCUCUGGUGCAAGAAGAGAUCACAAAGGUUUCACAAUAUAAAAAGCUUGAGGAGCCGGAGAUUCCAAAUGAGCCUGAGUUGCCCUUGCCCGAGGAGCCGGAGAUUCCAGAAGAGCCUGAGAUUCCUGAGGAGCCAGAAGAGCCUGAGGUUCUUGAGGAGCCAGAAGAGCCUGAGGUUCCCGAGGAGCCAGAAGAGCCUAAAUUUGAAUUUCCGUCAUGGAUCCCAAGCUUUCCAUUUCCCGGUGCUGGCGGCGGUUCUCUGGAGACUGAAAAGACAAAAACUACUUCAACGGCUGAAGAGGUUAAUGUGAAAGGAACGAGUGUUUCUGAGGAAACUUCGAGUGUUUCGAACAAUAAUCCAUAGAUGAAUGGUCGAAGAACGUUAAAAGAGCAUCUAAUAUAGUGAAUGCUCUUGCAUGAUAUACUAAUGAUAAUAUAAAGUAUAUGUUUAAUAAUAGUUUGGCUUGUAUCUAAUUAAAGUAAAAAAAGAUCAUCUAUAGAAUCCAUAGUUAUGAACUAGAGUUUCAUUUCA